UGCUGGAGGCUGCGCGUUCUGUCCCGGUCUCCUCGUGUGCCCCCGAGCGCAGGGUCCCGGGCCGGCAGCAAGUGGGCUACAUGUCGUCCCCGCAGGCCCUAGAGGACGAACAGGGCGGCGGCGAUCCACCCAGGGACCUCCGCAGCGUCCUGGUCACCAGCGUGCUCAACCUCGAGCUGCUGGACGAGGAUCUCUUCAGAGGAAGGCAUUACUGGGUACCCUCAAACCAGCGGCUGUUUGGGGGUCAGAUCGUGGGCCAGGCUUUGGUGGCUGCAGCCAAGUCUGUGACUGAAGAUGUCCACGUGCAUUCCCUGCACUGUUACUUUGUUCGGAAAGGGGACCCAAAGGUGCCAGUGCUGUACCAGGUGGAACGGACGCGAACAGGGUUGAGCUUCUCCGUGCGCUCCGUGAAGGCUGUGCAACACGGCAGGCCCAUCUUCAUCUGCCAGGCCUCCUUCCAGAAGGCCCAGCCCAGCCCUGUGCAGCACCAGUUCUCCAUGCCUACCGUGCCCCCGCCGGAAGAGCUGCUUGGCCACGAGGCCCUCAUUAACCAGUAUUUAAGGGACCCUAACCUCCAAGAGAAGUACCGAGUGGGGCUGAACCGAAUUGCUGCCCGGGAGGUGCCCAUUGAGAUCAAGCUGGUAAACCUACCCACUCUGAGCCAGCUGCAGAGCAUGGAGCCCAAACAGAUGUUCUGGGUGCGAGCCCGGGGAUACAUUGGGGAGGGUGACAUGAAGAUGCACUGCUGCGUGGCAGCCUAUAUCUCGGACUAUGCCUUCCUGGGCACAGCACUGCUGCCCCACCAGUGGCAGCACAAGGUGCACUUCAUGGUCUCCUUGGAUCACUCCAUGUGGUUCCACGCCCCUUUCCGAGCUGACCACUGGAUGCUCUAUGAGUGUGAGAGCCCCUGGGCCGGUGGCUCCCGGGGCCUAGUUCAUGGGCGGCUGUGGCGUCGGGACGGGGUCCUGGCUAUGUCCUGUGCCCAGGAGGGCGUGAUCCGAGUGAAGCCCCGGGACUCAAAGCUGUAGCCAGAGGUACCAGCUUGGUCUGGGGCUUCAAGGAUCUCCCUUCUUCCCCGACUCCUGAGGCAGGAGUUACCAUCCAGGGCUGGGCCUUUGGUCCUGAACAGGGAAUAAAGAGACUUCUACCA